AUGUCCAUGAAGAAGUUUGAGUCUAUCCUCAAGGAAUUGCCAGGUUUGCCACCGCCGGGUGUUUCAGGUAAUCGAAUCAAAGCCCUUGUGGAGAUCGCGCUCACCGAUUUCGAUAAGGAUAAGGAAAGUAAAGUUAUUGCUGCUCUUUAUUCUAGUUGUAAAGCUUCACCAACUGCAAAUAAAUUGGGCACCUUGUAUGUCGUGGACGCUAUUGCCAGAAGGUAUAAGGAUGAGGCGCUCGCCCGGGGUCAAGUAGUUGACGCUGCUGCCGAGGAAGGGACGUUUGCGUCUGCUGUGUACAAGAUUGGUGAGUUGAUCGAAAGCAUACUAGAUGAUACCAUGGAGUAUCAGAUCAACCCAUCAAUCAGGUUAAAGAUCCUGAAGUUGGUUGACAUUUGGGAAAAACACCAGACUUUUGAGCUGGAGACUAUUAAGAGUAUGAAGGAAAAAUACUUCAAGUCGACCACCCCGCCGGGAAGUCCGCCAAAGACAAGUGUUGAGCCAACAAAGCCCACUGCUGAGGGCAAUGACUCCUCGAGCAUCUUACUGGCGUUGACAUCAUUGGCUCAAGGCGGUGCCGCAUACAAAUCUGACUCGUCAGGGUCCUCGAGCACAGUCAACUCUGGCAGCAACGGCGACGCUUCGAAUAUCUUGUCGCAGUUGUCCGCUUUGGCUGGUGUAUCUGCUAACCAGCCGGCACCUAAUCCUGCUAUUUCCACCCCUUCUGAUAGUGAAUCUGUUCUCAACAUGUUGAAUCUGAUGCUGAACAACAACAACAGCAGCGGCGCGGGCCAUGCAAGACCACCACCGGAGGCUGCUUACAACUCUAGAAUGAGUCUGAGAGACCAAGAGGGUUUCCACAAGAGAUCGAGAUCCAGAUCGCCGUUGAGAGGCAUGCGCUCACCUCCAGCUGCUGGUGCCGGUGCCGCCAAAUCGCCCCCAGGAGCAUCCUCGGUUUUCGCUCUUCAACAAAAUUUGCAGCAUCUCAAACAACAACAACAACAGCAGCAGCAGCAACAGCAGCAGCAGCAACAACAACAACAACAACAACAACAUGGUGGUGGUGGGGGUCACGGUGGUAGCGGCCACCAAAGUUACCGUUCACCGGUGCAAUCCUUUCAACAACCUGCACAUCACAUGUCCCAACAACAGCUUUACCAGAAUUCAAGGAAUCAACUGGGCAACGACGCUGGCUUUGUACGUCCGUCGGAGAUGGGAGGCGAGAUGAAUCUACCAGGAACUCCUCACUAUAGACCAAGAAAUGUUGGUUUUGAUCCUUCAAUUCCUCAGGGCUCCAUCAGAGUCUUUUCGAGAACUUUGUUUUUAGGCGGAGUUCCAAGAAACAUGAACGAACGAGCAAUUGCUCAGGCAUUGAGUGCUUUCGGAGAAGUACAAUCGGUGAUUCUCAACAACGACAAGAAAAUAGCCUUUGUCAAGGUGUAUUCGAGAAAAGAGGCUGAACAAGUUGUAACCUCUUUCAACCGAGAUAACGCGUUGCCCUUGCGGGUUCGUUGGGGUGUUGGCUUUGGGCCAAGAGACUGCUGCAACUAUCAAAACGGAGUCUCGAUCAUCCCCAUUGAUCGUCUAACCGAGGCAGAUCGAAAAUGGUUUGUCCAGGCGCAAUGGGGUGGUUCCGGUGGCCAGCCCAUGGCCAGCGGUAUGGUUGUAGAUGAACCCGAUAUCGAAGUUGGAGGUGGAUUAUCGUCGAAGGCCAUGUCGAAAAAGAUGCCCACAAACUCGGCAAGAAACGGACCAAAAUCCAACAGGCCUGGAGAGCCAGAUGACGCUUUUGUGAAAACCACCAUGAUGCCAGGAGGAGUACAGAUGCACCAUGGUGAGCAGCCGCAGUUUAAUACUUAUCAGCAAUCGUCAGUUAACCCGUUGCAGAACUUGUUUGGAGAUAAUACUCACCAGCAAACCAUGUCUCAGUAUGCCCAACCACAGCAACAACAACAACAAGCUGCAUAUGGUGGCUUGCCUCAGCUCCCAGUUGGAUUACCACAAGUACCACAAUUUCAAGGUAUGCCCAACCCAGCUCAGUUUACACCCGAGAUGGCGCAGUUUUUCAUGCAAGCCAUGCAGCAGCAGCAACAACAACAACACCCACCUCAAUAG